ACAACAGCUGGCUGCCGUAGUGGGAGCUGGUGGGAAGCCCCGACUCCUUCACUAGGAGUAGCUCACUACGCCUUUGAUGUCUAUCUCUCGCUGUAGGGAGCGUAACUGUGGACGCUGCGCUCUACGUUGACGCCUAACCAAGUGCGUUUUGACAUUGUCAGAGUGUUUUUACCUGAGGGCUCUCCCUGUGCGCCCGGAUAAGACACUGUUCAGUUAAGUCUGGUUGAGCAGCAGUGAGAGCCAUGGCUUUAUUCUUCAGAGGAGCUGUUACAAGUUCUCCCAUAAAGACCAGGAGCAGGCAAGAUGACCAGACAUGUUACAGUUUUGACUCCUCCUUCCUCUCUGACUGCUCCUAUGAGUGUUUCUCCACCAAUCCGGUAACAGGCUCAGUGUGCGUGUGCCGCCGGAGCCCACGCCUCCUCGCCAAUGGAUACUAUGUACUGACGGAAGACAGCUUUGAUACUGAUGACCAGGGUAACCUGACCCUCACUCCAACACAGACCAACAUCUCCUACAAAGAAAACCUUGUCCGAGUUUUCCGUCGAAGGCGCAAAGUGAGAAGGUCACUGGCCAGUCUCCUGAGUGAUGUCAGCCAGUCGUGUCAGUCAUGGCUGGGCGAGCGUGUGUUCGGCAGAGCAGACUCCACACACAUUAGUGAACUGCCUUCAUGGUUGGAUAUUAGUAGCAGCACUGAAAAUGACACACCAGUCUCUUUUAAAUAUGAUCCUACAGAAACUUUCUUUCCUCCUGAAAAAGAAAUGUUUUUGCCAGAGGAGGAGCCUCACCCAGAAGUCUGCUCUGCCCAUGAGAUGCCUAGCCAUUCAGAAACAGGCCUGCUGGAUGUACCACCCCCUUCUGAAUGUCUCUACAAAAGUUACUGUCCACCCACCUAUCAACCUUCAGUUUCAGAUUGUGUGUUUUUGAAAGCCUUCCUCUUCUUCAUCCUCACACUGUGUCUCUGUGCUGCUGUGUUCUCCAAGUAUGGUCUGGAAAGAAAGUGUAUAUGUGUGUUUGGAGGUGUUGCUGUAGCAGUGGCUUUCCUUUUCCUGAUCUCGUCUAUUUGUGCCUCUAAAUCUGUAAGAGCAGUGCGAUGGAGUCAAACCAAGACUGAGGAUAUUACUUCCAGAAACGAGUGAUGAAGUAACACAAAUACAAUCUCACAAACAUACUCACACUCACACACUCACUCACACACACACAAACACACACACACACACACACAACAUUACUUACACACCACAUCCUGCAACAAGUGGAGCUGAAUCAGUGCGUCACGUCUGAGUGUAAGAACAUGAGUGUGUGUGAAUGCACAUUAGUAUGCAUGAGUGUGUGUCUGUAACAGUAAGCGUGUGUCAGUUGGUUCUGCGUGUUGCUUACUGUUCUUGAGUAGCUGGAGUUCAUGUCAUGGGACUCUGGAAAAAAGGGAACAUAGUCAGAAAAUGUUACAUAAUCAGAUCCUUUUUAGUGUGUUAUGUGACACAAAUACACUCAAAUCUAGCCUUUUUUUCCAUCUGUGCUGUAUCAAGUUGUGCAAGGGUGCUUUCAUUAACUGUUCCAACUUCCUACCUGACAAGAUUUCUGAUUAGUAAAAUAUUCCAAAUCUAAUACAGGACCUAGCUGUGCUGUCCUAUGAGCAUAUUAAAAGUAGACAAUCCAAAAAAAAGUAAAAAACAAAAUGAACAAAAAGUCUCAAAAAAUUAUUUAACCGUGAUGAAUCAUCAGCGAUUACCUGAGUGUGCACCAGUUGUAGUGAAAGCACCUUCUUUUUUGAUGCAAAUAUAUGUUUGUAUGUACUGUGUAAUUAUUAUUGAUAUUAUUAUUAAUAUGUGUUGUUAAUGUAUGAACAGAUUCAUCAGCUUAGCUGUUUGGGCUCUUUGAAAGCCAAAAUAUAGGCAUCAGCGUCCUCCUUCUCCACUGAUGAGUCAGGACGACUUUAUUCAGGUCUUCAGAGUUUUAACCAAAUUGAUUGUGGCGUUCUCUGCGUACACAUAGCAAUAGAAAUGCAAAAGUGAUGCUGUUGCUGAUUGGUAGUGUUAGCUGGGCAAACUGCAACAAACAUGGUUGAGCAUGAGAUCGGACUUUUCAUUAAAAAAUGCUAUGGUAUUAACAUGUCAAACUCAGUUGCAGUGAUCUGUGGCUCAGAGGUUUGACUGAACUACUGAUCCAAAGCUUGCUAUCUGGUAAAAGCACAAUGCUCAUAGUGUUACUUUUCUAAAUUACUUCUUACUGCAUUUCGCUGUAUUCUAAUUCAGAAAUUUACCACAUGAAGAAAUGUGUGCCGUAUUAAUUUAUAUUGGGGUCUUUUAACACCAGCUUACCUGGGGCCAGAGGUGGGUAGAGUAGCCUAAAUCCAGAAAAGUGUUAAUACUCGAAGUAAAAGUAAAGGUACCUUUCCAAAAAAAGAUCUUGAGUAAAAAGGCAAAAGGCAAAAAACUUACAGAACUGCGGUGGAACUUCUUAGUAAAUCCAUCAUCUAUCAGCACAAGAACUGAAGUUUGUUGGGCUCGAUUCUUCUCUUUUUGGGAUUCUUUUUGUGUAGUAUAAAAUACUAAAGCUCCAAUCUCAGAGGUGUGACCAGUCACAGAGCAGUACAGUACAAUAACAAAACAUAAUAAAAUUAAACAUAAAAUGGAAUUAAUCUCUAAAUAUGAAUGGUUUAAUGUGAUAAAACUGACUAAAAAGUAGUUUCUUUUGCUCACUAGUACACUUGAAUAGAAGUAAAAAUAUUAUGCUGUGAAAAUAGGAGAAUACAAAACCAUUGAUGGUUUACUUAAUCUCUGCAAGUAAUUCUGUGUAUAAUGGAUCCUCCAACAAUAAACAAUAGUGCCUCUGGAAAGUGGAUACUGACUUUCAGGAGCAUCAUGAAGAGUUCAAAAGCAAAUUCAGUGUUACCUGUUGACCCUUUCAUUAGGGAGACUCCCUGACAAAUUGUGCUACCUCACUGAAAUAUCCUUCCACAGCACAUAUGUACAUGUGGCUCCAUACAUAAAACUGUCGGUAGGAUAUUUUUAUAGCCUAAACCAGCACUGAAAGUACAGGUAGGAUAUUUUGUCUGCCUGAAUCACCUUAUCAGGGAGUAAAAUAUGUUGUAAUAUUAGGCUGAGUCUGUACAAUACUAGAAGAAAGGCUAAUUUAGCAUUAAAACACAAUAGAACAGAAAAAAAUGGUGAUCUACUAUAAUGAUCCAUUAGCUUUAUGUCCAUUUUGUUACUUAGGUGUAAACAAAAGAGAAAUUCUGGAAGUCCUGCAUCUGUAGUACUUCAGUAGGUUGUGGCCACAAGGAGGGACCUGUUUAUCACAGUGCCACCACGUUGGACCGUAGUGAUCUCAUGCUCUGUGUUUAUUGCACUUAGCCUGUUGUGCUUUUGCUGAAAGUUUCGGUAACGUAGUAGCUAAUACCUCAUCCCUUAAAGGGGGAGUGUGGUGUGAAGAGGGUUGUUGGGCCCUAAAAAUGUGCCAGUUUUCCUAUGGAGAGAUGCUGCUUAUUGCUCAUUAAGUGCCUUUCCAAAUAUGUCCUUGAGGACCCUCAGCCGUGGUUGCAUAUCAAUGCCAAUACCAGAAAUGGUAACUUUAGAGGAAAAAGAAACAACAUUCUUAACUUAAGUUAAUGAAACAGUGUGCGGUUUUAUCUGCAUCUACAUUCCGAUACAGGGUCCAGCCUGUGACACAGUCAAUAGCGCUAUUUGUCUAAUUCUUUAAUAUGGAGAACACUGAUUGUCCAUAAUUCCAUAGAUAUUUACUGAUCUUUUGUAACAAAGACUUAUGUCACAUAAAUAUUCCAGUUUUCUUAGACUGUAUGCAGUUGACUGUUAUAAAGCAUCAUGUUUGCUGGAUGCUUGGAAGGUCUCUAUAUAGGUUCAUAUAGAGCUUAUUUUUUAAUCAAAAUGAGAGUAAGUAAUUCUGUCCAUCAGGAAAAAGACACUGGUCAGUUAAAUUUAGAAAUAUAUAUGAUAAGAAAAGUAUAGUAUUUUAUCUAUAUCUUAUUCAGUUGUUAACAAUAAACCACAAAUUAGAGGGGCAUUAAAGUGUGAUGUCCAUGUUAGUGUGAUAAUGUACUCAUGAUGUAUUGCCAGCCUGGAGGCCAAGAUAAUGAAUUAUUAAACGUCUCUUAGUUUGUAGCUAAAUCCUACCGUGUCUACUGACUGCAUGUUGUUUAUAAAAAUUAAAUAUGCCUUGUAGAAGUAGCAGUAAGUGAUGAGGACUUCAGUGAUGUAGGUAUCAUUGAUUGAUAGAUGUAGUUUUGCUGUAAAUUCUGUCAGAGCCAAAAGGUAAUUGAGACAGUGUUACAGUAAUCAGUAAAACAAAAGUCUGAAACCAUAAGGAAAGAAUGCUGUUUGAAGGUUAUGUUGAUUUUUUUUUUUGCAGUAAGGGCAACCUGUGAACAAUGGGAACAAGUGACUUGCACAACAGCAGGGGUCAGUGGGUAAUGACCUUACGACUUGCAGCCCUGUGGUCUAUUUUUCAUGGUACCUAAUAGGGUUUGAAACCACAGCCUUAUGGAUGCUAGUGGCCUUCACCACUGAGCUGCCUAGUGCUGUAAAUUUAUGCAUGAAUUAUACUUUGUCUGAAGUAUAAUUCUUUUAUAGUUUUAUACGAACUUGACAUACAUAAUCUUGAACAUAGACACUGAACAAGUGUUUAAUUUUUCAAAGUAACUAUACUCAAUUAAAUUGGGACUUUUACUCAGAGCAGUUUGCAAAAACUAUUCAAAAUACUAAACAGAAUAGAAUUUGAUACCAGAGUAAACUGUAUAUAAAUUGUAUAUAAGUACUAAACAACAGCUUUCUUUCAACUUGGUUCAGCAGGAAGAGCAUCUGUUUUUGGAAAGGUGCUAUAACUGCUCCAGUUAGUUGUGUUUGAACAAAUAGGCUCUUCUUAAAUUGGAAUGUGUCAUGAUACUCACUCACUAUUCAUACAUGAAACUAUUCCCAAUAUUUUUUCUCUUUUCAAUUUUAUCAUGUUUAAUGUGUAAUGCAUUUCAUUCUCAGUUGUAACCUAAACUGCAGAUUUCACUUAGCAGCAGCUGGCAUUUUUACUGCACUGUGGCAGAAAUUAUAUUUCUGUAACAACUUUGUAAAAAUAUGCUAAAAGAUUAACUUACUAACUUUUAACAAAGUGCUUAGAAAUUUUGUAUUGUGCCAAUGCAUGCAAAGCUGAAAUAAUACAGGGGGUUGUAUUUUUAUUGACUGUGCAUCCCAAGUAUUUUGAAAAUGCUUUUUUUUAUUUGUCAUGAAACUCAGAAUGGAAUUUCGCUAAUAAACCAUUUUCAUAGCCA